GCCAGUGAAAUCGACGACCCUUUGCCAUUUCGUCAGUUGCUGGAAAGACCAAGUGCCAUGAACAAGGAAGACCACCCCAAGGACCGCGACGACCUCACGCUCUGCGAGUGCAUGCAGGUCGUCAAGCCGUGGCGUGCGACGUCCGACGAUGACGUCCUGACCAAGUGGCAACAGGUCGCCAAGAUCAUGACUGACUACGCUGCGUACCCCGUCAAGAUGACCGCGACGGCAUGCGAAGCUCGCUGGGAGAAGCUUCGAACGCACAGCAACGACCCAUCGUUUGGCAAUGACGUCUCCCCAGAGCUCCAGGCCAUCGUGCGGGACCUUGUCCGGCAAAUGGAAACGAAACGUGGCCCAAGCAACCAACCAAACGCGAAAUUGGUCCUCGGUGGUGCUGCGGUCGCUGGCGCGGUCGCUGCUCCGGUGGCGACUACGGCUGUCGUGGCGGGCCUCGGGUUCACAUCGGGCGGUAUUGCUGCGGGCAGCACUGCUGCCGGCAUGAUGUCGGCGGCAGCUGUGGCCAACGGCGGCAGUGUCGCGGCGGGCUCGACCGUCGCCGUGCUUCAGUCGGUUGGUGCCGCGGGUCUCGGAGUCGCCGGCGGCGCUGCGGUGGCUGUAGCUGGUGCUGCACUCGCGGUGCCGUUCGCUGGGGCGUUUCUCUGGUACCGUAACUCUCGCAACAACAACGACGACGACACGGAUGGUUCGAGCAAGUAGCUCCACUUAGUGCCCCCUCUAAACAACGAGUACAGCAAAACCUUUUGCCGCGGCUCGCUACAGCCAAC